UCCUUGGCAACCAUUCCGAGUUUUUUGUAACUUUAUUAUGUUAUUAUAUUCUAUCUCAAUUGGAAGUCCUCCCGUUUCUUUCGCCCCAAUGAAAAUGUCUGCGAUUGGCGAAGCGUUUGCUAGUCCCGCCUCCUUCUUAGUAUACCCCGUCGUGAUUGCACUGCUACUGAUGGAGCCCGGAGAGGCUGAAGCAGGGAUUGCCAUGGCAACGCGUGCUUUUCCCCAAGCCUCGCUGCCCAACUAGCCGAAAUGGGGCCGGAGAGUCUCCAGCCGCCCAAGCCACAUAAGGCAAAAAUAUGUAUGUGGUAAGUAGCUUUUCAUUCUUGAGAUUCAGAAGAGACAGUUGCAUGUUGAUCCAUGGAGAGAGGUUCAUUGAAUUUCUGGCUGACUAGGCUACAUCCUUUAUCCACUGAAAUAUUUAGAUGUUCAUUCCAUGGACCUCAUCAAUAAUGCUGGAACAACUGAUGAACUGAAAAGGCUCCUCUCUGACCUCUUUGAUCUGAAGGAUUUUGAAUCAAAUCCUCGCUCUGCUAUCUUGUUAGAUUUGUACUUCUACACCAUCCAGUUCAGCCGGGAGCAGAGCUUCAACCGGGAACAAACCUCUGCUUUCUUCUCAAUUGUGAGGGAUGUGCACGAGGCCUGUGUGGAAACACCACUGCCCAAUGUGGAGGAAUGCUAUAAAUAUUUCUCCGAACUGAUGUUCUGCCACUCCAUUCGGAGACCCCCCUUCAGCAUCGAUCUCUUCAAUCAGGACCAGCUGGUGCUCCUAAGCGACUACAUGAUUAACACUUACUUCCGUCACUAUAAACUUUACAAAUACGCUUUCACCCCACAGGUGCGGCUGGACAUCUCAUUCACUUAUGUUGGGAUGCCUGAACCAGAACCCAAAGGAGAAGAAGCUAUGGUUGAGAGUACAGAAGCAGGACUGUCUCCUUUGCAAGAGGAAUUGGAGGAAGCUGGGGGCCCUGCAGAAAGUCCCACGGCUGCCCUGAGGGACUUCAUCGUCUCACAACUCAACCAGGAGUUAACCCAGCUGCGCCUUUCCAUCGACCAGCGUCUAAAAGUCACAGAGGACCAGUUUAACGCCAAGCUGAUCCAGCUGGAGAAAGGUUCUGCUGCUAACAAGGGGGUUGCCAAGGGCAAGAAGAAGUAAACAGACUAGAAAGGUUGGAGUGCAAGAGGCCCAUUUCCUGUCCCAGGGUUGUUUCUUCAUUUCCGGGGCUUCUGCAGAAAGGGGUCCCGGAAAGAGCAAGAGAACACACAGGGAAUGGCAGUUAAAAUAUGGGGAGCAGAUGGAUUUCUAAAAGGCUUUUGAAAAUGUGAUAAGGCUUUACAGAAAAUCUCUUCUGAGAUGGUAAGGUCAUAUACUCAUAGCAGGAACUGUUGCAUAAAGCAGAUGAUGUUAUGAUAUUAAAGUGUAGUUAAAAUAU